AUGGUCUGCGAUUUUUUUUACCCAAACAUUGGAGGAGUAGAAAACCAUAUCUUUCAACUAUCUCAAUGUCUGAUCGAAAGAGGCCAUAAGGUUGUAGUCGUAACACAUUCUUAUGGUAAUAGGACUGGAAUCAGACAUAUGACGAAUUUUCUCAAAGUAUAUUACCUGCCUAUGAAAGUGUUUUGGCUACAAUCUACUAUGCCAACAAUAUUUACUACUUUACCUAUAUUACGUUGUAUUUUCAUAAGAGAGCAAAUCACUCUUGUCCAUGGUCACGGUACUUGUUCUGCAUUGUGUAAUGAUGCUAUCCUCCAUGCAAAUACCCUGGGUAUUAAAACUGUUUUUACAGAACACUCCUUGUUCGGAUUUGCUAAUCUUGGUGCAAUUGUAACGAAUAAAUUCUUAGAAUUUACUUUAACUAAUAUUAAUCACAUUAUUUGUGUAUCCCACACCAGUAGAGAAAAUACAGUAUUAAGAGCAAAAAUCAGACCAGAAAUGGUAUCUGUGAUACCAAAUGCAGUCGAUGCGUCCUCGUUUAAACCUGAUCCGUCAAAAAAACAAAAAGAUAAAAUUACUAUUAUUGUCAUGUCAAGACUGGUAUAUCGUAAAGGUAUAGACUUAUUAGCUAAAAUACUUAUCAAAAUCUGUAGACAAUACUCCGACAUCUAUUUCAUCAUAGGUGGUGAUGGCCCGAAGAAAGUUUUACUAGAGGAAAUCUGUGAAGCAUACAAGUUAUAUGAUCAAGUCCGCCUUCUUGGACCUGUCAAUCAUGAAGAUGUUAGAGAUGUUCUAAUCCAAGGUGAUAUUUUCCUUAACACAUCACUUACGGAAGCAUUCUGUAUUGCUAUUAUCGAAGCCGCUAGUUGUGGGCUACAAAUUGUUAGCACUAAUGUUGGGGGUUUGCCAGAAGUGUUGCCUGACGACAUGAUUUACUUAGCUGAGCCAAGAGUUGAAUCACUUGUAAAUAUGAUUGGAAAGGCAAUCGAUGAUAAGAAUAACGGUAUAACGUUGUCGCCUCACGAAUGUCAUGAUCGCGUUAAAAAUAUGUACAAUUGGAGAAACAUUGCAAAGAGAACGGAAAGAGUAUACAAGUUAGCCUUUGAUAUGCCACAUUCUGACAUUUAUCAAAGAAUGGAAAGAUACUUGGCCCGCGGCCCAGUCGCUGGAUUAAUUUUUUGUUAUGUAGCUUUAAUAAAUUGCUUAAUAUUAGCAUUGAUAGAGUGGAUUAGACCUAAGGAGGUAAAAUCUCAUUUGUUUCUUUUACUAGCUUGUUACAGUAAAAUUACUUUAACUUGCUUUUAA